CGGGCGGCCCUGCAGAAGGCCUACGGCUGUCCCGUCCUGCAGGUGGGCAAGAGCGUGCCCGGCGCUUCCCCCGCCAAGGAGAGCGUGGCGGGCACCAAAGGGGUGCCCUCCUGCCCCAACGUGCUGCAGGCGGAAGCUCUGCUGGAGUCGGCCGACAUGCUGUACGUCAUCUACCCGUAUGUGCAGUACUGUUUGCACGACAUCGUGACUUUCAGCCCGGCCAAGCUCACCAACAGCCACGCCAAAAUCCUCUUCCUCCUCUUCCACGUGCUGCAAGCCAUGAGGGCGUGUCACCAGGCGGCCGCCUUUUCCCUUCGGGAUGUGGCUGUGGAUGAGAAGCUGUGCAGCAGGCUCCGUGUGAACUUCAGAGAGUACGAGGGACCCAAGGAGGAGGAAGCGAAUCUGGAGGCUGGCCUGGAACAAGUGAGUGAGCAAAGCAGCGCUGGCGUGCGAGGGCAGGAGGCGAGUUGUGCCGCCUGCCAGAAGGACCUCCGAGACCUGGUGUUGCAGUGGGUACAUGGGCAGGUCAGCAACUUUGACUACCUCAUGCGCCUAAACAGUCUGGCUGGGAGGAGAAUGGGAGACCCCAAUUAUCACCCGGUUCUUCCGUGGGUGGUGGACUUCACUACCAAAAAUGGCAAGUUCAGGGACCUAAGGAAAUCCAAGUUCCGACUCAACAAGGGAGACAAGCAGCUGGACUUCACCUAUGAGAUGACCAAGCAGGCAUUUGUUGCUGGUGGGUCAAGUGGAGAGCAGCUCCACGUCCCCCAUCACAUCUCCGAUGUCCUUUCAGAUAUCACCUACUAUGUGUACACAGCUCGGAGGACACCCAAGGCAGUGCUGUGCUGCCAUGUGAGGUCCCAGUGGGAGCCCAAUGAGUACCCAGCCAGCAUGGAGCGCAUGCAGAGCUGGACUCCGGAUGAGUGCAUCCCAGAGUUCUAUACAGACCCUUCCAUCUUUCGAUCCAUCCACCCGGACAUGCCCGACCUGGAUGUGCCAUCUUGGUGUAGCUCCUACGAGGAGUUCAUUGAAGUCCACCGCAUGCUGCUGGAGAGCCGGGAAGUUUCUCAGGACCUUCACCACUGGAUCGAUCUCACUUUCGGGUACAAGCUGCUGGGGAAGGAUGCUGUCAAGGAGAAGAACGUCUGCCUCCACCUAGUAGACAACCACACGCAUCUGACCACUUACGGGGUUGUGCAGCUCUUCAACCAGCCGCAUCCCAGGCGCAUGGUGGGACCUGCCUACACGCCUGCUGAAGCUCCAGCCAUUGCCCGGCCUCUUCUCCACAACAUCCGUGAGACUGUGCUUCUGGAGGAUGUCCAAGGCCAGGUGACGGAUGCAGUUAAUGGACUGGUCCUGGAGGCUACUCCCAGUGAAACCACUUGGUCUGGGGAGAAAGCCAUGGCUGGUGAGGAUGAUUUAGAGCAAGGCACAGAAGCCCUGGAUUCGAUUUCUGUUACUAGUAGAGCUGCUGAUCAGCCCUGUGCCACUGUGCCUUCAGCACAGCCCUCCACCCACCCUGCUUAUGCCACUGAAGGCAAAACCCCAGGUGCCCGACCUCUCCGUUGGAGCAAGGCAGGUGCUGUGGAUCAGGCUGACAUGAAAAUCACACUUCCUGAAGGCUUCAAUCCACUGCAGGCUCUGGAAGAACUGGAGAAACUGGACAAUUUUUUGGUUAAAGGCUUAAGCAGUGAGAUGCAACUAAUGGAGCAGCCGUGGGAGGAGCCACCUCUGAGUCUCUCGGACCUCUUCCAGAGGGACAUGCAAGCUUUGGGCAUUCUGGUAGCUGAGAUUAUAUUUGCACCAAGGAUUCGUCCUUCGAAGCCCGACGCAUCCCUCUUGGAGCGGUUCCUGCUGGUGCGUCAUCUGUGUCGGUACCACCCCAAGGAGGUCCCGGCCCCGCUCCAGCAUGUGCUGCAGGUCCUGCUGCAGCUGAGCGUGCCGGUGGAGAAGCUUCUGAAGACCAGGCUGGGCAAGGACGCGGUGCAGUUGUUUGAAUACGAGCCCAUCUCCCAGGGCCUUCCCCCGCCCUGUCCCACGCAGCUCCUCAGCCCCUUCAGCUCUAUUGUCCCUUUCCCCACGUACUUCCCAGCCCUGCACAAAUUCAUUUUCACCUAUCAGGCCAAGAAGAUAGAGGAUGAAGGUCAGGGCCGGGAACUUGUUUUCCAACUGUGGCAGCAGCUGGAGGGGAUCCUUUCUGAAAUCACUCCUGAAGGUCUGGAGAUUCUUCUGCCCUUCAUAUUAUCCCUGAUGUCCGAGGAGAACACCGCCGUCUACGCAGCGUGGUAUCUCUUUGAGCCUAUAGCUAAAUCCCUAGGUCCGAAGAAUGCCAACAAAUACUUGCUCAAGCCCUUGAUCGGAGCAUACGAGACCCCCUGCUACCGCCACGGCAGGUUCUACCUCUACACAGACUGCUUCAUCGCCCAGCUGAUAGUGCGCCUGGGGCUGCAGUCCUUCCUCCUGAACCUGCUGCCACACAUCCUGCAGAUCCUCGUCGGCAUCGAGAGCUCGCGGGAGGAGAGCAAAUCCCUCCUCGGCACGGCUGAAGAUGAUGAAAGCGGGGGGGAAAGCCCAGUGUCGUGUGUAUUUGGGGAGGAGAUCAAAAUGGAUGUGGAGCACAGCUCUGCUGCACUCGACCUCUUGGACUACACCUCUGGUGUCAGCUUCCACGACCAAGCCUACCUGCCCGAGAGCGAGGACUUCCAGAGCGGGCUCUACGUCGGGGAGUCGCUGCAGCCCCAGGAGCAGGAAUCGCUCAGCCUUGGGCGGCUGAGCGACAAGAGCAGUGCCAGUGAAGUGUCCCUGGGAGAGGACAGACCUGUGGAUGGGGAUUCCCAGAAGGACAAGAGCAGUUUGAAGUCGGUGGACAGCAACCAGGACUUGAAACAGAGCGAGGAUGAGGAAGAGGAGGAAGAGGAGCGUGAUGAAGAGGAGCACGAUGACGCCGCGGUUGAUGCAGAGCUGACGGUGGCUGUGGAUGCUGGGGCCUCUGUGGAUGUCACCUUGGCUGAUGACAGCAGUGAGCCAGAGGAUGGAGAGGGAGAGGAGCUUCCGGAUCACUCUGAUGACAAAGAGCAGACCAUUCUCCUGGACACAGCCUGUAAGAUGGUGAGGUGGCUCUCGGCCAAGCUGGGCCCCACUGUCACGUCCCGUUUCAUCGCCAGGAACCUGCUCCGACUGCUCACGUCCUGCUACAUCGGCCCUACCAGGCAGCAGUUUGUACCAAGCAACGAUGAGAACAGUCCCCUGAGUACAGGAAACAUCUACCAAAAACGGCCAGUGCUGGGAGAUCAGGUGUCCAAGCCAGUGCUGGCCUGUCUUGUGCACGUGGCGUACCUGUAUGGAGAGCCUGUCCUCACCUACCAGUACCUGCCCUACAUCAGCUACCUGGUGGCACCCAGCGGCGGGUCGGGCGGCGGCCGGCUGAACAGCCGGAAGGAGGCAGGGCUCCUGGCUGCUGUCACCCUCACCCAGAAGAUCGUGGUGUGUCUCUCGGACACCACGCUGAUGGACAUUCUCCCCAAGAUCAGCCAGGAGGUGCUGCUGCCAGUGCUGGGCUUCCUCACUUCGCCGGCCGUUGGUUUCCCCAGUGGUGCCCAGGCCCGUAUUGUCCUGUGCGUUAAGACAAUCAGCCUAAUUGCCUUGAUCUGCCUGCGGAUUGGGCAGGAGAUGGUGCAGCAGCAUUUGAGUGACACCGUGAGAAACUUCUUCGGGGCAUUCUCACUGCUGCAGGAGCUUCAGGACCAGGGGUUGACAGUGGAGUCACUGAGCAGCUGUGAGGUGCCGGUGAUGGAGGUGCCCCUUUCGGAUGGGAAGCUGCUGGCCCUGGACCCAGCUGUGCUGAUGGAGUUACAGAAGGUGUUUAACCCUGAGAUGGCCUACAUCACCUACAUCCCCUUCUCCUGCUUGCUAGGUGAUGUUAUCCGGAUGGUUGUGCCCAAUCACUUGCUGGUUGAGAAGCUGGCCAGUCUCUACCUGGAGAAUGUGAACCCCAAGAGCCUGCAGGUUGUUAGCCUGGAACAAACGCCAGCUGGGGUGGGCUCCGACCAAGACACACGAGGGACCGAGCCCUUCUCUAGCCACCACGAGGACAGUCACUCUGGUACUUUUGGGAGCAUGCUGGUGGGGAACCGCAUCCAGGUCCCCGUGGACACACAGCGUGAGGGCCUUGGCUUACUUCGCCUCAGUGCUGGCACUGAUGGCUUUAUUCCCAGCUCAUCCAGUGAGGAGAACACCCUGAAGCACGACCUUCCCCGCAGCACCCACACGCUGUGUGGGAACUGGCUGGCCUACUGGCAGUACGAGAUCGGGGUGAGCCAACACGACCCCCGCUUCCACUUCCACCAGAUCAAGCUGCAGAGUUUCUCAGGGCAUUCAGGGGCCAUCAAGUGUGUGGCGCCGCUGGGCAGCGAGGACUUCUUCCUUAGUGGCAGCAAGGACAAGACCGUGCGCCUGUGGCCCCUGUACAACUACGGGGACGGCACCAGCGAGGUGCCCCCGCGCUUCACCUACGCCCAGCACAAGAAGUCAGUUUUCUUUGUGAGCCAGCUGGAGGCAUCGCAGCACGUGGUGAGCUGUGAUGGGACCGUGCACAUCUGGGACCAGUUCACCGGCAAACUUCUCCGGACUUUUGAUGAGUUAGACAGCAAAGUCCCUGUCACAGCUGUGGCCACCAUGCCACCUCCCUAUCACAGCAUCUCCGUGGCCAGCGCAGACUCCGUGCUGCGGUUCAUCGACCAGAGGAAGCCAGGACUGCAGCACGAGUUCCGCCUGGCCAGCGGGGUGAGUGCGGGGCUCAUCCGCUGCCUGGCCGUCAGUCCGAGCGGGCGCAGCGUUGUGGCUGGCUUCUCCUCUGGCUUCAUUGUGCUGCUGGACACCAGGACGGGACUCAUCAUGCGAGGGUGGCCUGCCCAUGAGGGGGACAUCCUGCAGAUCAAGGCUGCAGAGGGCAAUGUGCUAAUCAGCUCCUCUUCGGAUCAUUCCUUGACUGUCUGGAAGGAACUGGAGCAGAAACCUUUGCACCACUACAAAUCUGCAUCUGAGCCCAUCCAUGCGUUUGACCUCUAUGGCAACGAAGUGGUCACUGGCACUGUGGCCAACAAGAUUGGUGUCUACUCCAUGCUGGAGUCCUCAGCCCUGCCCAUCAGCACGACCAAGCUGAGCUCGGAGAAUUUUCGGGGUACACUGACCAGCCUGGCAGUGCUGCCCACGAAAUGCCAUCUCCUGCUGGGCUCAGACAACGGUGUCGUACGCCUCCUGGCAUAGUGAGCCCUGGCCCAGGAGCCAGGGGCUGUCCCACAGUGCUGGUGGUAGAGCAGAAAGCUGGCAGUGCUGCUUACAGAGGAGGCCGAGUUAGAUGCUUCUGAGCAGAGGGUGCAGGGAGAAGGUGUGCUUGUUAAUGAGCACUCAGUAAAGUAUCUCUAACCUCUUUCUGUAUCU